GUGCUGGAUCAGCUGGAUCUCCACCUGCGCUCAUCCCAAUAUUUCCGCUUCCUGUGGUUCCCGCACAGCGACCACGUCCGGAUCAUCUACCAGGACCCCACCACCAGGGCUCCCAGCUCCCCGUCCAGCUGGCUCUGGGACCGCGCCGUGGGGCAUCACCUGCUGGAAUUCCUGCUCUGGAUCAGCACGUUCUUUCCCGGGCUGGUUCGUUGGAUCAACCGGGGUUUUUUCCGGCUGCUCUUCGGGACGCGCCAGGAGAGGGUGGGAAGGAGCCACCGGAUCCUCACCUACGACUGCCGCUUCCGGCAGCACGUCCAGGACUGGGCCAUCCCCGUCGGGAGGACCCGGGCGGCGCUGCUGGAGCUGCGGGCGGCUCUGGAUUCCCAGCCCGGGCUCGGGGCUCAUUUCCCGGUGGAAGUUCGCUUUUCCAAGGGGGAUGAGGUGUGGCUGAGCCCCUGCUUCCAGAGGGACAGCUGCUUCAUCAACGUCGUCCUCUACAGGCCGUACGGGAAGGAUGUUCCCAGGCGGGAAUACUGGCGGAUCUACGAGGGGAUCAUGAGGAAGCACGGAGGGAGACCCCACUGGGCCAAGGCCCACAGCUGCACCCGGCAGGAGCUGGAGAAGAUGUUCCCGGCAUUCCCAAAGUUCUGCUCCGUGCGGGAGCGCCUGGAUCCCACCGGCAUCUUCCUCAACCCCUACCUGGAAAGGGUCUUUUGCUGAUUCAGGGGAGGGAAAA